AUGCGUCCGCCGCUACUAGCUGUGCUCUGCUGCGGCGUUCUGUGGACUCAGGGUGCGCCAGGAUACGUGAUUUCGCGUCGUUUGUCACCGGGCCAGCGAGAGCUGACCAGCGCCGAAGCCACCGGAGAAUCAUCGGAGUCGGAGAAUUGGUACGAUGUGGCAAGCGCGUCCGAAGAAGAAGCAGAACAAGAAGGAGUGGACAGUGUCCGGGCGGGUCUGCAGCGGUUGCGCGCGGAAAAGAUGAUCCUGCUGGAGUUGUACUAUCUGGUGAAGGUGCUGCGGGCCUACCGCCGGCCCUGGACUCCCGCCAGUAGCCCUCUGUUGGAGCAGACGGUUGCCCGGUUGAUGCAGGACGAUCUGCUGGAACGGCUGGAGCACACCCUGCGGCUCGAUAAGCGGCUACGGGUGCUGCAGCUUAUCGGCACGUACGAGAACUCGGCCCAGGAGCGCUUGGCGAACGACGAACGGUUGCUGCUGCCGGUGUUGGUCCGAACGCUGCGCAAGGUGCUGACCCUGAAGCAUCUCGGCGGUGGGCUGCAGAUCAACGACAAGGACGAUGUGAUCGGUGGGCUACAGCGUGGCAAGCAGAGGCAGUGGCGUGAACUGUGCGACGCGCUGGAGGAAACACUGGUGCUGACGCGUCCGGUCAGUGUUCCCAGUGGGGGGUUCCAGGUCGACAGCGUGGGCAAUCCCUGGAGUGUCAAUCCCUGGCCUGAAGAAGUGGGCCAUCCGGAGGGCUACCAGUGGGCCGACGUCCUUGAAGGUGGCCACACUAAAGUUCCGCUCGGGUGGAGUGAUGCUUCGAACGCCGAAUGGGAUAACCAGCAGCCGCUGGAGCACCUCAACGAAGUGCCCGAUUUGGACGGCCUCGUCGGUGAUCAGUAUGAAGUGCACGACGGCGACAACAUUCCACCGGACAUGACGCUCGCAUCGGUGUACGAUCACGAUCAUCAUCUGGACGGCGGCGUAGUCGACGAAGAGUCCGGCUCGGUGCCGCCGAUCGGUGAAGAUAUGGUGCUACAAUCGGUAUUGGAUCAUGGCCACUCUCUGCGCGAACUCGCAUCGAAAGUAAAGGAGGAGAAGGCUCCCGAGGUAGACAUUCGGAUCGGUUCAGAUGACGAGCGGAAGCCUGAUGAAAGCUUGGACCCCUCGGCGGCGGUGGCUCCCACGGAAGACAUUGGCCCUCUCAUAAACAACGAGGACGAAGAUGAGUUUGCCUGGUUGUACGAGAAUCUGCCCGAAGUGGACGGAGGAGACGAAAGCGUGACAACUGAAAGUAGCUCCUCGUCGACGGAGCCGACGGCCGAACAGCAGUUUGAGCUCGACGCGCAAGCAGCAGGACUGACCGCUGAUCUAGAGGGGCAGGACCAGACAGCGGUCGGCAGUGGCGAGGACGAACCCAAGCACAUCGACGAGAGCAGACGAUCCCGGCCGAACCAGCAGGUGCCGGUGGUCAUCAUUCAGCAGCCAGCACUGCAAACUCCAGCGCCGGUAACGGUCCGCGUUCCGGUCCGUGUUCCGGUUCACGUACCGGUGGAAGUGCCCGUCCGCGUUCCGGUGCCCGUUCGUCCCAUCUCGAACUUUUCGCCGGUGCCGGUCCGCGGCUCGUCUGGUGCGGCCGCCCGACGACUGAUUGCGGUCGAGUUGGACAAAUUUUUGCUGCUCGUCGAAGAGCUUUCCGAAGUGAACGGGCUGGCCCGGGAGUUUGAUCGGUCCGAUCGACUGCGGAUGAUCGGAUGGGUCGAAGAGGACUACUCCCCGACGACCGGGCUCGAUCAGCGCUACUUCAUCGAUGCACUCACCAAGAUGUUGAAACGCAAGGAGCUGCGGCGGGGCUACAACCGGGUGUUGCAAACCCUCGAUUACCUCCAGUCACAACUCGAUUCCCGCGAAAGCACGCGCGCCGAGGAUGACUACUUUGCGCGGAACUACGGCACAGGCAGUAGCGACGGUGAUGGUGAUGGUGCGGACAGUCCACCGGCACCGGUAACCGAAAACGGGAUCGAUCCGCGAAUGCAGCCGCCAGGAAACGAAGAGGGGGAAACGGAAGAGCCAUCGGCUACUCUAGAACCGGACACCGCGAGGAUCGCUGACGACUUGCCGAAGGAAGAGGAUUUGAAAAGUAAAGACGACGACAGCUAA